GCUUCGGGAGGCGGGGACGCGGCGUCGGCGGCUUUGCCAGUUGCGUCUUUCUCCCUCACUGGGGAAACCGGCGGUGGCGGCACCUUCGGAGGCUGAGCAGCUGAGCCGGGAGCCCGCCAGUGGGAGGUCGGACAGACUGACUGCAGAGCCGACAGACGGACGGACAGCGGGGCAGCCAGACGGCUCGAGUCGCCUCAAGUUCCGCCAUGAGCUGGGGCACGGAGCUUUGGGAUCAGUUCGACAGCUUAGACAAGCAUACACAAUGGGGAAUUGACUUCUUGGAAAGAUACGCCAAAUUUGUUAAAGAGAGGAUAGAAAUUGAACAGAACUAUGCAAAACAAUUGAGAAAUCUGGUUAAGAAGUACUGUCCCAAACGUUCCACCAAAGAUGAAGAGCCAAGGUUUACUUCGUGUAUAGCCUUUUUUAACAUCCUUAACGAGUUAAAUGACUAUGCAGGACAGCGAGAAGUAGUAGCAGAAGAAAUGGCGCACAGAGUUUAUGGUGAAUUAAUGAGAUACGCUCAUGAUCUGAAAACUGAAAGAAAAAUGCAUCUUCAAGAGGGACGAAAAGCUCAGCAAUACCUUGACAUGUGCUGGAAGCAGAUGGAUAAUAGUAAAAAGAAAUUUGAAAGAGAAUGUAGAGAGGCAGAGAAGGCACAACAGAGUUACGAAAGAUUGGAUAAUGAUACUAAUGCAACCAAGGCAGAUGUUGAAAAGGCUAAACAGCAGUUGAAUCUACGUACACAUAUGGCUGACGAAAAUAAGAAUGAAUAUGCUGCACAAUUACAAAACUUCAAUGGAGAACAGCACAAACAUUUCUACGUAGUGAUUCCUCAGAUUUACAAGCAACUACAAGAAAUGGAUGAACGAAGGACUGUUAAACUCAGUGAGUGUUACAGAGGAUUUGCAGACUCAGAACGCAAAGUUAUUCCUAUCAUUUCAAAGUGUUUGGAAGGAAUGAUUCUUGCAGCAAAAUCAGUUGACGAAAGAAGAGACUCUCAGAUGGUAGUAGACUCCUUUAAGUCCGGAUUUGAACCUCCAGGAGACUUUCCAUUUGAAGAUUACAGUCAGCAUAUUUAUAGAACCAUUUCUGAUGGGACUAUCAGUGCAUCCAAACAGGAAAGUGGGAAGGUGGAUGCCAAAACCACAGUAGGAAAGGCCAAGGGCAAGUUGUGGCUCUUUGGAAAGAAGCCAAAGGGCCCAGCACUAGAAGAUUUCAGUCAUCUGCCACCAGAACAGAGACGUAAGAAACUACAGCAGCGCAUCGAUGAACUUAACAGAGAACUUCAAAAAGAAUCAGACCAAAAAGAAGCACUCAACAAAAUGAAAGAUGUAUAUGAGAAAAAUCCACAAAUGGGGGACCCAGGGAGUUUGCAGCCUAAAUUAGCAGAGACCAUGAAUAACAUUGACCGCCUGCGAAUGGAAAUCCACAAGAAUGAGGCUUGGCUGUCUGAAGUUGAAGGCAAAACAGGUGGAAGAGGAGACAGAAGACAUAGCAGUGACAUAAAUCACCUUGUAACACAGGGACGAGAAAGCCCUGAGGGAAGCUAUACUGAUGAUGCAAACCAAGAAGUCCGUGGGCCACCCCAACAGCAUGGUCACCACAGUGAGUUUGAUGAUGAGUUUGAAGAUGACGAUCCCUUGCCUGCUAUUGGACACUGCAAAGCUAUCUACCCUUUCGAUGGACAUAAUGAAGGUACUCUGGCAAUGAAAGAAGGUGAAGUUCUAUACAUUAUUGAGGAGGACAAGGGUGAUGGAUGGACAAGAGCUCGGAGACAGAAUGGUGAAGAAGGCUACGUUCCCACAUCAUACAUAGAUGUAACUCUAGAGAAAAACAGUAAAGGUUCCUGAAGAGGGUUUCUGAGGAAAUGGGCAAGAUGUUGAAGGAGGUUACAUGCAGCUGCUUUUGGGGGGAGGGUAUUAGAGUUGUCAGGCUCAGAGAGAGUGAGAGAAGCAAGUUGCAUGAGUGCAUGCAGACAUGAUUAUUUUUUACUAACUUCAUUAGCAUUUCUGUACAUUGUUUAAAAAAAUCAUUGUAAUACCAACCCUUAAACUUGUCAAUUACAGUUAUUCACAUAAAGGAAAAAAAGCCAACAAUGGCUAACCUUUUUUUCCAUUUAUUUUACUGAUCUCCAAAUCAGAAAGAAUGCAGAGUUGUCCUUAAGUUUGUCAUAUUUGACUGUCCCAACAGGACUGUCCAUCGCAGCUCUGUUUUAAUUGGCUUUUAGACCCAUUGUCUGUUAGAAUCCUUGCCAUUUGUCAGUGUCUGCCUGCGUCACCUCUGUGCUUGCUUAACAUCCUGUUGCAUGUCUAGAGUGAUCAGGUUUAGAUUUUUCAGGCAUGUCUUUAUAAUCCCUUGUUCUUGUCAAAGCCUUUGUUUUGUUUUACAUUUGUAGUGCAAAUCACUUUGUCAAACAUCUCCAGCACUAAUGUUUCCAUCCUAGUAUUUGUGUACGCUGCUAUAACUUCCCCACUGCAAAACAUUCCAGUUUUGGCAUUAUGAAGAAGCAGUUUGUGAACCUGAAGUAUUUAUGAUCAGAAGAAAAAACAUCUCUGCUCUAGCCUACAGCCCAGUUGAAAGAACUCUUUGAAACAUGAUACAUCUUCAGCACCUCAGUCUGGGAAGAAUCUAUAGUCAGCACUGAAAUCCUGGCAUAAUAAACACAGAAGAUAACUCACCACCUCAAGACAAAGGACUGUUGUCAGAAGUCAGCUGCUUCCAUUCAAACGCUGCCUUAAACUAGAGUGCCUAAAUCUGCUGAUUGCCAACACUACCACUACAGUAUCCCACAAAGGGCUUUAUGUGUCAGCUCAGUGCGACCUCCAUUAACUCGGCAGUGCUGCUGUAGCUGCCGAUACAACCUCGGUAGGUGGCUUUUAGAGCUCUACCAUGUUUGUUGGUGCAUCUUCAAAUUUACGCAUCAAACUAAAGACAUGUCUGAGUCCAUUUUACUUAGUGUUUUCAUGAGAAGUUUUAUGGACCUCCCUCCCAUUGUCUUUUAAUUUGGGGUUACUGUUUUCUCAUUUAAUUAUUACAAUGAUAGUCUGUUUCCAAGUGAUGAUUUUAUUUGAACCACAUACAAUUUAGUGAAACUUUGUAAUGAUCUGUGUGCACUUUUCCUUGUAAAAUGGGAGUUUCUGUAUGUUUAUACUUGUAAAUAUAGUUGUCAUCAGUGCCCCUAUGCUCAUGUUGCUCAUGCUGUCCUCCCUCGCAUUUGUGAUUCUGUUAAUGACUUGUAUCUUAACUAAUUUCUUAGUGGCAUUUAAUAGGGAGGUGGGUGGGGGUGGGGGGAUAUUUGUAACAUGGAAGCUUCAUUAAUUUGGUUCUUUACUGUUUUGAAGGAAGAAAGAACGUGAAAUGGUCUGUGUAUUGUUGGAUUUCAAGCAAUAUUUUAGAAACUGUGUGACUGCUUUAAUAAUUUUUCCCAGUGUUAUUUGAAUCGUACUACCAGUUAUACUAAAGCUGAAUGACAAUUGUGUGAAAGUCGAUGCCUUCGUAAGAUCAAGUACGCCCGUUACACAGCUGACAUGAUAGUGUAUUACCUUUAAGGCUAGUAAACUAUGAAGUUUUAGAUUUUAAAUCUCGUUACAGGGUUAUUUAUAUAAUGUGACAUUAUUCAGUACUGACAGACUACAUAAAGUAGUUUUCAGAUCCAGUGCUAUUUUUAUUUUAAAGGUUAGCAAUGAAGAGGAAACGACGUGAGCUGGCUGUGUUUGUCUUCUGUACAAAGCCUGAGGUGCUUGUGCUUUUUGGCAGCAGCCACAGAGGGCAAAGUUUAAGGCUUUCUUGUGAGGACUAACUGUUCUUUUCAAGCUACUGUUUGUUUUUCUUAAAGCAGGAUUUGCUUCCGUAGGAGGCAAGUUCCCUCACGUGGAAUAGUGCAACCUGUGUAUGGGUUAUUACAAUAGGAGAGACAUUUGUACUUGCACAGUUUAAAUCAUUCUUAAAUUUGAACAUGUGAAUUGUCCAAAAGAAGUCUUUAAUUUUUCAGUAAUUUUUACUCUUUUUGUGCACAUGUUGAUUUCUUAAUGUAAAUGCUUUGUUUAAGAUAGUGUUCUCUGUUGAGAAUAUUUUCAUGGAAUAAAAUAAUCUUUUCAUGGUCA